AUGAAUGAUCAAAAUCAUCUUCAACCUGCACCAUUUAGGAAAGAUGAGGAGGGAAGUUCGUUGUUAAAGAUCUCAAACCAUUCACUGAUGUUUGACAACGCCCAUAGUGAUGAGGACUCUGGUACUAAGGAAGAGCAGGAUAAUUUCAUGAAUGAACUUGAACGAUUCCACAAGGAUAAUUCAAUGGAAUUCAGGCCCCCAAAGUUCUAUGGAGAAGGGUUGAAUUACCUUAAGUUGUGGAGAAAGGUGAAGAAAUUGGGUCGGUAUAAACAGGUAACAUUAAGCAGAAAGUGGCGCCAAGUGGGAGAGUCUUUUGAACCACCAAAGACAUGCACAAAUGUUUCAUGGUCCUUUCAUAACUUCUACAAGAAGAAAUAUCAGUAUCAAGUAUAUGCAUUAGUUCCUGGUCUUCUGCGUGAAGAGCUUCAAGUUCUUUCAGAUCCCGUCGGUCGUUUAAUAAUUACUGGAGAGCCUACACAACUAGACAAUCCAUGGGUGUUACUCGCUUCCAGAAGGUAA